AGCCUCUGGCGGCCCAGGCUGGGCUGCUCUUGUGCAGACGCGGCCGGGCCUGGGCACGAUGGCGACCACGGCCCCCGUCGGGCCGGCUGCGCACGGGCACCCCAGGUUCGGAUGCGACUCCUGGGAGGUAGAGUUCGGACUUUGCCCUGGUCCUUCCGAGGCCUCCCCCUCGACGGCUCCUGCCGGGUCGCGGGCGCGCUGGCCGCGAGCGUGCGGGCGCUCGCCGGCGCCCCGCCCGGCGCGGCGGCCUCCUCCGCGCCGCGGCCCGCCGCGCCGCGGGGGCCGGCGGCCGACGGCGCCGCCGCAGGCGGCGCGUGCGAGCGCGGCGCCUCCUGCGAGCCGCCCGCGCCCGAGCGGUGCCCCGCGCUGCGGGCCUCGGCCUGCAGGAGGGCGGCGUCCCCGGGCGCGGACCCCGCCGCGGCGAGCCGGCGGCUGGACUUCUGGCGGAUCGGGGGGGCGGUCGUGGACGCGGCGCUGUACAGGAUGGGGCGCGCAGCAGGCGCACCCGGGGCGGACCUGCUCGAGAGCGGCUCGGCCGAGGCCGAGGCGGUCCUCUCGCUGUACCUGCUCGCCAGCGGCGUGGAGAUCGCCGGGACGGCGCGGCCGGCCCCUGGGCGUGCCGUGGUGCAGCGGGUCCGGAACCGGCAGCUGCUGGAGCAGUACUCCGCCUACGCCGCAGACGGGCCGUUCCAAGAAGGCGGCGCACCCUGUCCGAGGCGGUACCGAGAAGAUCUCGUCUGGCACGGCACCCGGCUGAAACGCGCCGACGGGGAGCAGGCCUCCUUGGCCGAGAAGCUGCAGUCCAUCGCCCGGCACGGCUUCGACCCGCGGCGUUGCACCAAGGGCGCGGCGCCAGAGGGCGGCAUCUGGAUCUCCGCGGAGCCCCUGGCGUCCUUCGGCCACGGCGGCGACGGCCUCACGGCCUUCGUCCUCUGCCUCGCGAAGACGCACUUCAAUGAGUGGCUUGGCUCCGCGUGCGCCCGCGUCCUGCAGCGGGAGCGGGUGCUCCCGCUGUACAUGCUCGUGCACUGCUGA